AUGUCUGGACCUCUUCCGAUCAAGUUCCAUGAGCAUCUACAGCUUACAAAUGUUGGAAUUCGUCCUCCUAACAUCACAUUUGCGAAUGUGACUAUGGAGUCUGACAAGAACAUCGUUGUCAGAGAGAUGAUUGGCGAUCAGCAGCAAGUUGUGAUCAUCGACAUGGCAGAUCCAUCGAAUCCAACAAGACGUCCGAUUUCAGCCGACUCUGUAAUUAUGCAUCCAACCGCCAAAAUUUUGGCCCUCAAAUCUGCGAAAACACUCCAGAUUUUUAAUAUCGAAUUGAAAGCCAAGGUCAAGGCUCAUCAGAACGCCGAAGACGUUGUCUAUUGGAAAUGGAUUAACGAGAAGACAAUUGCUCUUGUUUCGGAUACGGCCGUUUACCACUGGUCUAUUGAAGGCGAUGCUCCCCCAAUAAAAAUGUUCGAUCGCCAUCAAUCUCUUGCUGGCACCCAGAUUAUCAACUACCGUGCUGAUGCCGACAACGUAUGGCUCGUCCUAGUGGGAAUAUCUGCGAAGGAUAACCGUGUUGUCGGAAACAUGCAGCUGUACAGUACCGAACGAAAAGUUUCGCAGCCGCUCGAAGGCCAUGCGGCAUGCUUUGUCCGCUUCAAGGUUGAUGGAAAUCCGCAUCCAUCGAAUUUGAUCGUGUUUUCCGUUAAAAAUGAAGCUGGAGGUAAGCUUCACAUCAUCGAAGUUGGCACACCACCAGCUGGCAAUCAACCAUUCCAAAAGAAGAAUGUCGAUGUGCCGUAUACAACGGAAACUGCUCAAGAUUUCCCGGUUUCGAUGCAGGUUUCGGCGAAGCAGGGCAUCGUAUACCUCGUCACGAAGCAUGGAUUUGUGCACUUGUAUGAUAUUGAAAGUGGAGCUCGCAUCUACUCAAACCGUAUCUCAACUGAUACAGUGUUUGUUACUUGCGAGUAUACCGCCACCGGAGGAAUAAUGGGAAUAAACCGAAAAGGACAAGUGCUUUCUGUUUCGAUUGAUGAGACGAAUUUGGUUCCAUUCGUUACCAACAGCCUUCAAAAUCCUGACCUUGCGUUGAAAUUGUCUGUGAGAUGUGAUUUGCCGGGAGCCGAAGACUUGUUUGUUCGCAAGUUCAAUUUGUUGUUCAGCAACGGACAAUUCAGCGAAGCUGCCAAAGUGGCUGCAUCGGCACCACAAGGCGUUUUGCGUACUCCAGCAACUAUUCAGAAGUUCCAACAAUGCCCAGCAACUGGUGGCGGACCAUCGCCGCUUUUGCAAUAUUUCGGAAUCCUUCUCGACCAAGGAAAAUUGAACAAAUACGAAACUCUGGAAUUGUGCCGUCCUGUGCUCGCUCAAGGCCGCAAAGAGCUUAUCACUAAGUGGCUCAACGAUCAAAAGUUGGAAUGCUGCGAAGAGCUUGGAGAUUUGAUCCGCCCAACCGAUCCAAACACAGCUCUUUCUGUGUAUCUCCGUGGAAACGUGCCGCAUAAAGUUGUUCAAUCGUUCGCCGAGACUGGACAAUUCGACAAGAUCAUAUUGUACGCCAAGCGUGUUGGAUUCCAGCCGGAUUAUUUGCUCCAACUUCGCCAGAUCUUGCGGUCGGGAAAUCAAGAAGCCGGAGCCAAGUUUGCCCAGAUGUUGGUCUCUGAGAGCGAAAACGGCGAACCUCUCGCUGAUUUGACCCAGAUCAUCGAUUGUUUCAUGGAAGUCCAAGCUGUUCAGCCGUGCACGUCGUUCUUGCUUGAAGUUCUCAAGGGCGACAAGCCGGAAGAGGGCCAUCUUCAGACGAGACUUCUUGAAAUGAAUUUGCUUGCUGCGCCAGCUGUCGCUGACGCUAUUUUGGCGAACAAGAUGUUUUCGCAUUACGACCGUGCUGCAAUUGGUCAACUCUGCGAAAAGGCUGGACUUCUCCAAAGAGCUUUGGAGCAUUUCACCGACUUGUACGACAUCAAGAGAACUGUUGUUCAUACUCAUCUCUUGAAGCCAGACUGGCUCGUUGGAUACUUCGGAAGCCUCUCGGUUGAAGAUUCUAUUGAGUGCCUCAAGGCGAUGCUCACUCAGAACAUUCGUCAAAACUUGCAAGUUGUUGUCCAAAUCGCCUCAAAAUACCACGAGCAACUCGGUGCUGAUAAGCUUAUUGAGAUGUUUGAGAGUCACAAAUCCUACGAAGGUCUUUUCUACUUCCUCGGUUCGAUUGUGAACUUCAGCCAAGAUCCGGAAGUUCAUUUCAAGUAUAUUCAGGCUGCUACGCGCACUGGACAAAUUAAGGAGGUUGAAAGAAUCUGUCGUGAAUCUCAAUGCUACGAUGCGGAAAGAGUUAAGAACUUCUUGAAGGAGGCCAAGCUCACUGAUCAGCUUCCGCUGAUCAUUGUUUGCGAUCGUCACAACAUGGUCCACGAUUUGGUCCUUUACUUGUACCGCAACCAACUUCAGAAGUACAUCGAGGUGUUUGUCCAAAAGGUCAACGCCGCUCGUUUGCCGAUAGUUGUUGGAGCUCUUCUUGACGUCGACUGCAGCGAAGAUGCAAUCAAGCAAUUAAUCAUCAACACCCGCGGAAAGUUCGACAUUGAUGAGCUUGUUGAGGAGGUUGAGAAGCGUAACCGUUUGAAACUUUUGAGCCAUUGGCUCGAGUCUCGCAUUCAAGAAGGAGCAACUGAUGCCGCUACUCACAAUGCUGUGGCCAAGAUUUACAUUGAUUCAAACAACAAUCCGGAUCGUUAUUUGAAGGAGAAUCCGUAUUAUGACAGCAAGGUCGUCGGAAAGUAUUGCGAGAAGAGAGAUCCUCACUACGCUUUCCUCGCUUAUGAACGCGGGCAGUGCGAUGCUGAGCUCAUCAAUGUGUGCAACGAGAAUUCGCUAUUCAAGAACUUGGCUCGUUAUCUCGUCAAAAGAAGAGAUUUUGGACUCUGGGAGCAAGUGUUGAACGAGGAGAACGUCUACCGUCGCCAGUUGAUCGACCAGGUUGUGCAAACUGCUCUUUCGGAGACUCAGGAUCCCGAAGACAUUUCGGUUACUGUCAAAGCUUUUAUGGCUGCUGAUUUGCCAAACGAACUCAUUGAACUUUUGGAGAAAAUUGUUUUGGAUAACUCUGCAUUCUCCGAGCAUCGCAAUCUUCAGAACUUGCUCAUUCUUACAGCUAUGCGGGCGGAUCGCACUCGUGUGAUGGAGUACAUUCAGAAGCUUGACAACUAUGAUGCUCCGGACAUUGCAAAUAUUGCUAUCACUUCUGAGCUGUACGAGGAAGCGUUCGCCAUCUUCAAGAAAUUCGACGUCAAUUCGAGUGCCAUUAAUGUUCUUAUUGAAAAUGUCAACAACUUGGAUCGCGCCUACGAAUUUGCCGAGAAAUGCAACCAAUCCGAUGUUUGGGCGUCGUUGGCUAAGGCUCAGCUUAAGCAGGAUCUUGUCAAGGAAGCUGUCGAUUCUUUCAUCAAGGCUGAUGAUCCAGGAGCAUACAUGGAGGUGGUUAACAAGUGUUCUCAAACUGAGCAUUGGGAAGAUCUCGUUCGUUACCUUCAAAUGGCCCGCAAGAAGUCCCGCGAGUCGUACAUUGAAACAGAACUCGUAUACGCGUUGGCUAAAACUGGACGUCUUGCUGAGCUUGAAGAGUUCAUCGCUGGACCAAAUCAUGCCCAAAUUGGGCAAAUCGGGGAUCGCUGCUUCGAUAAUGGAAUGUUCGAAGCUGCGAAGAUUUUGUUCAACAACGUCUCGAAUUUCGCCAAAUUGUCGGUAACUCUCGUUCGUCUCGGAGAAUACCAAGGAGCUGUUGAUGCUGCGAGAAAGGCUAACAGCACAAAGACAUGGAAGCAGGUUUGCUUUGCGUGCGUCGAAAAUGGAGAGUUCCGUUUGGCUCAAAUGUGUGGAUUGCACAUCGUUGUUCAUGCCGAUGAGCUUGAGGAACUUAUCAAUUUCUACCAAGAUCGCGGACAUUUCGAAGAGCUCAUCUCGUUGCUCGAAGCUGCCCUUGGUUUGGAACGCGCCCAUAUGGGAAUGUUCACCGAGUUGGCAAUUCUCUAUUCAAAAUACAAACCGGAGAAGAUGAGAGAGCAUUUGGAGCUUUUUUGGAGUCGUGUCAACAUUCCGAAAGUGUUGCGUGCUGCGGAACAGGCGCACUUGUGGGCUGAGUUGGUAUUCCUUUACGACAAGUACGAGGAAUACGACAAUGCCGCGUUGACAAUGAUCCAACAUCCGACCGAGUCGUGGCGUGAACAGCAUUUCAAGGAAGUUAUUGCUAAAGUGGCAAAUGUCGAGCUGUACUACAAGGCUAUGCAGUUCUACUUGGACUACAAACCGCUUUUGCUCAACGACUUGUUGACUGUUCUCUCUCCAAGACUCGAUCAUUCCAGAACUGUUACCUUCUUCAACAAACUGAAGCAAAUUCCGCUUGUCAAACCAUACCUUCGUCAAGUUCAGCCUUUGAACAACAAGGCUAUCAACGAGGCUCUCAACCAGCUAUUGAUCGACGAAGAGGACCAUGCUGGUCUUCGUGCUUCUAUUGAAGCCCAUGACAACUUUGACAACAUUUCGUUGGCUCAGCAACUCGAGAAGCAUCCACUUGUUGAAUUCCGUCGAAUUUCGGCCUAUCUCUUUAAGGGUAAUAAUCGCUGGAAGCAGUCAAUUGAGUUGUGCAAGAAGGACAAGCUCUACAAGGAUGCUAUGGAAUACGCAGCGGAGUCGAGAAACGGCGAACUCGCUGAAGAGUUGCUCUCGUUCUUCUUGGAAGAGAAGCUUCAUGACUGCUUUGCUGCUUCUCUUUAUCAUUGCUAUGAUCUUCUCCAUCCAGAUGUCAUCAUGGAGCUCGCCUGGAAGCACAAGAUUAUGGAUUAUGCUAUGCCUUACAUGAUCCAGGUCAUGCGCGACUACCAGACGAGACUUGAGAAGUUAGAGAGGUCGGAGGCCGAGAGGAAAGAGGAGAAGGCUGAGCAGCAACAGCAAAAUGGAAUGACAUUGGAGCCUCAGUUGAUGCUCACAUACGGAGCGAGCGCAAUGCCACCACCUGCAGCCAUGGGAUACCCUGGUGCUCCACCUGCUGGUUUCGGAGGAGCUCCAUUUGGACAGCAAUCUCAGUCACCAUAUGGUGCUCCUGGAUUUAUGUAA